GCUCGGUGGCGGAGGCGGCGGCGGCGGCAGCGGUUGUUCCUGCCUCUCCGCCACCUCCACCGCGGCCUGUUCCCUGGCCGGCGGCGUUGGCGGGGAGGGGGACAGUAGUUGUAGAAGCCCGCCCCUGUCUCAGAGAAGAUACCACGUUGAAUGAACAGAGACAACUUUUUCCAGAUACUUUUCAUAAAAGGUAUCUUUGGGUAGUAUUACAGUUUGAGUAACAGGAUUUCACAUUAUGCGGUGAAUAGGAGUGGAGUAUUGGACAAAAAUAGAUUUUGUAAUCUCCGCAUCAUGGUUUUUAGCUUCCCAGUUGUUGCACAGACUCACUAUUUGGGGGAAGUUCAUGCUGAAAAACUGAAGCAAUUAAUGGAUGAAUAUGAUGAGAUUUCUCCAUCAAGUUCUCAGCCUGAUAAGGAGAAUCCCUUUUUGUCAACCUAAUGAAGCAUUCACAGAAGACAUCUGACUCUUUUCAAGAUGAACUUGAAGAUUAUAUUAAAGUACAGAAAGCCAGAGGCUUAGAGCCAAAAACUUGUUUUAGAAAGAUGAGAGAGGACUGUUGGGAAACCUGUGGGUACAAAGAACAGGUUGAUUCCAGACCCAGGUAUAGAAUGUUUGAUCAAAGACUCUCAUCAGAAACCGUCCAGACCUACCCAAGGUCAUGCAAUAUUUCACAAACAGUGGAAAACCGGUUACCUCAGUGGUUACCAGCUCAUGACAGCAGGUUAAGACUAGACUCUCUCAGCUACUAUCAAUUAACCAGGGACUGUUUCUCCGAAAAACCAGUACCCCUGAACCUUAGUCAGCAAGAAUAUAAGUGUGGCUCAUAUAGUGUAGAAUCUGGGGGUUAUAAGCCCCUCUACUCAGAAAAUAGUACCAGUGCCCAUCAAGCCAGUCAUAAACAGAUACAUCGGAAGAGGAAAAGGAACCCAGAGGAAGGCAGAGGAAAACCAGAGGAGGAGCGGCCCAAGCAUAAGAGGAAAAGACAUGAGGAAAUGGAUUUAGACAAACACGAGAGCAUUCAAAGAAAGAAAACAGAGGUGGAAGCAGAAACUGUACAGGUCAGUACAGAAAAGCUUAAGCAUCGAAAGGAGAAAAAACACCGAGAUACAGCCUCUAAGAAAGAGGGACGUAAGCAUAGAAAAGAGAAAAAGGAACAAGGCAAAGAAAAGACAGAGGAGGAAAUGCUUUGGGACCAGUCUAUCCUUGGAUUUUGAAGCUCUUUAGUUGAUUUUCCUGUGAGGUUAAAUUGAAAAAAUAGUUGAGCUUGUUUGUGAUGUUCAUGUUCAUAUCACUUUGCUUAUGUGAAGAGGUACUUUAACUUCUAACUAAGGCCAGGUGAACACAAGUACUUAGUAUGCUUGCUCUCCAAUACGGAGAUACUUUUUCUCAUUUUCUAGAAACGUUAUUACAUUUUUCUUACAUAUAAGGUAAUUUCCCGUAAUGAGGGUGGCUGUACUUUUAUUCAUCAAAUUGCUAUGAUGAUGGAUUUGUUUUCCCUUGGGAGGUCACUUACUUUAAGUUGGAGGAUUAAUAGAUUUUGCAGAAUCUGUUUCUUGAUUGGGUUUGUUUUAGUUUUGAGUUGGGUGAUUUUCUGUUCAUUGGUUUUCUCUAGGAAGCAAUAUAGAUUUAUUUUCCUUUGUUAGAUCUAACUUGCAGUGUACUUGCUAGGUUGGAAACUGGAAAAUGAAAUACAUUAUAAUAAUAAGCUUAGGUUACAUAUAGCUUUAAAAGUUUCAAAGACUUGAUUAAAAAAUCAGUUUAUAUUCUAGAAAUAUUUAUAAUAAAGUGUUCUAAUUUCUA